UCUUCUCCGAGCUCUCUCCCUGUUCUCCAUUCCUUCGCUUCUCCGAGCUCGUUCGAGAAGAUGGGAUCGAUUUCUUAGGGUUUCGUGCUUCUCAGGCAUCCAAUCCUCCAUCGCAGUGCUGCUGGUUGAUCCUUUCUUCUGAUUCCUCGGUGUGAGAUCAAAUUACGAUGAUUUAAUGCUCGAUUUUUUCAUGAAUUUCUGUUCUGAUGAUGGGUUUUAUGGAAUUCGAGGUCCUAGUAGCUCUCUAAUACCAUGGCCUUUCAAUCCCAAUUAGCGAAAUGAGGUGCAAUGCUUGUUGGCGGGAAUUGGAGGGCAAGGCCGUAUCAACUACAUGUGGUCAUAUUUUGUGCACUGAAGAUGCUGGCAAGAUACUGUCCAAUGAUGCUGCAUGUCCUAUCUGUGAUCAAGUGCUCUCAAGAAGCCUCAUGAGACCGGUGGAAAUUAAUCCUGGUGAUGAAUGGAUAAAUAUGGCAAUGGCUGGAAUGUCUCCACAGAUACUUAUGAAGAGUGCCUAUCGGAGUGUAAUGUUUUAUAUUGGCCAAAAGGAACUUGAAAUGCAAUACAAAAUGAACACGAUCAUUGGGCAAUGCCGCCAGAAAUGUGAGGCCAUGCAAGCAAAGUUCACAGAGAAGCUAGAGCAGGUGCACACUGCAUAUCAGAAAGCAGCAAAAAGGUGCCAGAUGAUGGAACAAGAAAUUGACAACUUGUCUAAAGAUAAGCAGGAACUCCAAGAAAAAUAUGCUGAAAAAUCCAGACAGAAGAGAAAGCUUGAUGAGAUGUAUGAUCAGUUGAGGAAUGAGUAUGAGUCAGUGAAGCGAUCAGCUAUACAACCUGCAGGCAACUUCUUCCAAAGAGCUGACCCAGACUUGUUUUCAGGCAUGGGAAAUUUGAUGGAUGGCAGGGAGCCUGUCAGACAAGAUCGAUUCACUCCUGAUACUCCAGGGCAGAGAGAGGACAUGUGGCCUGGUAGACAGAAGAAUUCCAACUCAACUGUCUUUGACCUUUCUGGAGGUUCGCCAGCAAAGACAACAAUUCCUGGGGACAGUGGGGGCAGAAGGCCCGCUCGUCCUAUAUUUGGACCUGGGGUGAGCAACCCAUCAGCUACCUUACGGAAUCUCAUAAUUUCUCCAAUGAAACGGCCACAAUUAUCACGUAGUCGCCCCCACAUGUUCACGCUGUAGGAGCAAUGGAGAGAGUAGUCUUCUGCUGUCCAUCCUAGAGCAGUCUCCUGUUUCCUUCUCCUGGAUAACUACUAAGUUUUGUAAGAUCUUUCCUUUAGAUGCCUCAGCAAGGCAUCAUCAUGCUCUGGUUGGAAAAGAAUAGCCGGUAUUACUGUCCUUGUUGGAACAAUUAUUACGAGAGUGUCCUUUUUCUUGGCUUACUAACAUUUUAACUGACAAUUCAGAGAUAAGUUCUCUUUUUGGAAACCAAAAGAGAGAUAUCCUGCACCCUGCAGGCAAC